GAAGCAGACCUGCUGACCCGGAAGUUGUUUGUCGAACUGAAGAGGUUCAUCAGGACGGAGAGGAGCGGGACAGGUUGCAGAGCUGCAGCUGUCAUGGCUCACAUCACCAUCAACCAGUACCUGCAGCAGGUCUACGAGGCCAUCGACAGCCACGAGGGCUCCUUCUGCUCCGAGCUUCUCUCCUUCAAACACCCGCACGUCGUCAACCCCCGGCUGCAGCUGGCCAGUCCAGAAGAGAAAUGUCAGCAGCUUCUGGAGCCGCCGUACGACGAGAUGGUCGCCGCCCACCUCAGGUGUAUCUACGCCGUGUCAAACCACGACUUCGUUGAAGCCUACAAGUUCCAGACGCUCGUCGUUCAGUCCUUCCUGAGAGCCUUCCAGUCCCACAAAGAGGAGAACUGGUGAGUACAUGUGUGGCCGGUGAUGUUCGCUGUCACGCUGGAUCUCAGGAUAUUCGCCAACAACGCGGAGCAGCAGUUGCAGAAGAAGGGCAAAGGUCAGCCGGGGGAGAUGUUGGAGAAAGCAGCAGAACAGCUGAUGAGCUGCUUCAGAGUUUGUGCCAGCGACAAUCGAGCCGGCAUCGACGACUCAAAGAAGUGGGGCAUGAUGUUUCUGAGCAACCAGCUCUUCAAGAUCUACUUCAAGAUCAAUAAGCUUCACCUGUGUAAACCUCUGAUCAGAGCCAUCGACAGCUCCAACCUGAAGAACGACUACAGUCCGGCUCAGAAGGUCACCUACAAGUACUACGUGGGCCGCAAGGCCAUGUUCGACAGCGACUUCAAGCCAGCGGAGGAGUUCCUGUCGUACGCGUUCCAUCACUGUCAUCGUUCCAGUCAGAAGAACAAGAGGAUGAUCCUCAUCUACCUGCUGCCCGUCAAGAUGCUGCUGGGUCACAUGCCGACUCAUCAGCUCCUGAGGAAGUACGACCUCAUGCAGUUUGCCGACGUCACCAAAUCUGUGAGUGAGGGGAACCUGCUGCUGCUGAACGAAGCUCUGUCCAAACACGAGACCUUCUUCAUCCGCUGUGGGAUCUUCCUCAUCCUGGAGAAGCUGAAGAUCAUCACCUACAGGAACCUCUUCAAGAAAGUGUAUCUUCUUCUGAGGACUCACCAGCUUCCUCUGGACGCCUUCCUGGUGGCCAUGAAGAUGAUGCAGCUGGACGACGUGGACCUGGACGAGGUCCAGUGUAUCCUGGCCAACCUCAUCUACAUGGGUCACAUCAAAGGUUACAUCUCCCAUCAGCACCAGAAGCUCGUGGUCAGUAAACAGAAUCCGUUCCCUCCUCUCUCCUCCAUCUCCUAGACUACGUUACCCACAAUCCCCUCUGGCUGUGAUGCUCUAUUUUUGUUUUGUACUGUAAAAACGUGUUGAAUAAAACAGAUGCUGGUUUCUA